AUGACGGAUCUAGAUUCUACCUCAGACUCUGAGAGCCAGUCAACUCAGAGGAGCGAAAGUGUCCAGCCACGCGAAAAUAGAAAUGGAUUCCUGUUCUUCCAUAAGGUUUCUGGUGAUAAACUGGAGAAAAGUGUCCAGAUAUAUAAGAAAAAUAACCUGGAAAAGGGUUUGACGAAGGAUAAACGUACGACUGUACAGCAAGUUUUGGACAAGAGGACUUAUUUACGCCUCAAGAGGUUCCAUGGGCGAGGGAUAUUUGAUGUAAUUUAUGGAACUAUUAGUACUGGCAAGGAAGCAAAUGUAUACGAAGCCAAUGGGUCCAUUGACAAUGUCUGCCAUAAAAUGGCAAUAAAGGUUUACAAGACGUCAAUUCUUGUGUUCAAGGAUAGGGCAAAGUACAUUGAAGGAGAAUUUAGGUACAGAAGAGCCUACGUUGGUACAAACCCUAGAAAAAUGGUGAAUCAAUGGGCGGAAAAGGAGUUUAGAAAUUUGAGACGUAUUUCACUUUCUGGUGUAUAUUGCCCAUCACCUAUAGCUUUAAAGGAUCAUAUUCUGGUGAUGGAAUUGAUACAAGACGAUGAUGGAGGUGCAGCCAAAAAACUUAAAGAUUUACCACUUUUAUCAUUGAAAGAAUGGUUAAUCAUUUAUUCGCAGGUCAUCUCAAUAAUGAGAACUUUGUAUCAGGAAUGUAAACUGAUACAUGCAGAUUUGUCAUCGUAUAACAUGCUUUAUUCCAAGGGGCGUGUCUAUAUAAUUGAUGUUUCACAAGCUGUUGAGAAUGAUCAUCCAAAUGCUAUUUACUUUUUAAAGAGAGACUGCGAAAAUGUCACACAGUUUUUUGCGAACGUUGCUUAUUCUCCUCACUCGGAAGCUGUAAUGCCAGAAUAUGCCAAGGUCUGUCCAGAUCCACAAGUUGAUUAUCUGAAUAUUUUAACGUCUCUUCAGCUAUUCCACUUUAUCACCAAGGACUCUUUGGAGCUGUUCCCCAGAACUAGUGCUGAAAACUCUCCAAGGGAAAUUACCAGAAGAAAUUCUAUUAUUUCUCAAGUGGAAACCUUUGUGAAGAAAAUGUGCUACACUUCCAAGCACUCCAAUCUUAAAGACCUUCAAAACACCAUAUUAGCCAAGAGAGAUGUCUUUGGCAAACUCUGUAACAUAGUCUAUGGAAUGAUAAAUGAUAGUGAUCCAAAAGUCUUUGUAAGAAUUUCGGAUGCAACAGCUCAUGAAAACAUCACAAUCACAGAUGAUAACAUCUAUGGUCCAGAUGAGCCUCCCAAGGCAGAUAAGUUUGAUACUGAAGAAAGUUACAUAUCAAAUGAUGCGAUUUGGAAUUCGCUCAAGCCACUUAAUCUAUCACAAAUUACACUGGAAACACUUGAAAGGCUUGAACAUUUACACGUUUCAAGUGAACCGGUAUACCCAAAUUCAGAAAGUGAUCGCUAUUCUGUAACUAUUACAGAAACCGAAUCAUAUCAUGAAGAACCAGAAGGGGUGCGAGAGGAAGAUGAAGAACAAUCUGAAAAGUACAAGUUCACUGGGAAAAUACCAGACGGAGUCGGUAGUAAGGAAUGGAAGAAAAUGGUCAAGGAAAUGAACCGUGAAAGAAGAAAAAACAAGAUACCCAAACACAUUAAAAAGGGGUAUAAAAAUAAAAAGUAA